CAUGUAAAUAUUGCAUGCAUACACGAGGCCGGUUUUUAUUUCAACUGUUUUUUCUGCUUAUUAAUAUGAAAUCUAGUUAUUAAUAAAAAUGAAAUCACUUAAGGAUGCAGUGCUUCAGAUAGGCGCUGAAUCAACUGACUUGGAAUUGAAGGAAACGUGUUUUGAUGUUGGAAAAAAAAUAUGUGACAGUUCGAUCGACACCCCAAGAGCAAUUCAGUUGUUAUCGCAACAUAUAUUAAAUGUAGAUAAUGCUCUACUUUUUAAAAAGUAUUUAUCCAGUAUUCUACUGGCAUUAGUAUCUUCAAAAAUUCCUUUGGAACCAGUGUUCUCAACUCCGAAAUACGACACUUGCAAUGAUACAGAGAAGACAAACCAUCUGGAGUAUUCUGUGAUUUUAGCAACAUUGAGUGACCACCCUGAUGUAUUGCAAUAUGCACUCAAAUAUUUUGAAGUGAAUCCAGUACCGCCAUUUGAGGUAUUUUUCCACCAUGAGGACUCCUACAAUGUUGCCCCAAAGAAGCGAAGACUCCAUGAUUGUAGGCAUAAAAUUACGGAUGAACAAAUAGUAAAAUGCUGUUAUGCAUUUCUGAGUAAAUUGCCCAAUGAGCUAUCUUCAAAAUGGGAUUGGGCCAAAUUUAUCAGCAAUUUUAGUAGUCAUGAAAAAGCCCAUGUAAGAUGGAUGGUGAAGGAAUGCAUGGUGAUACUGACAAAUAUGACUGAAAUUCAAUCAAAAAAACUGUCUCAUAUCUUAAAUGUGCCUCUUGAAGAAACAAUUGACUGUAUGACUACAAAACCUGAUGAUGUAUAUGCCAUAGAAGAAAUUAUUCCUAAUGAAAACCUCAGCUCAAAUAAUGUAGUAAAUAUUGAUGGUAUACUGCUUCCUGUACAUAACAAAAAUCAUGUACAAAGUGGAAAACUGGUUCCUGUCAAAUCUACUGUCAAUAAUCUGAGAAGUCUGGCUUUGGCUGUUGCUUCAGGCAAAGCACUUUGCCUUAUGGGACCAGUGGGGUCAGGGAAGACAUCGCUAGUUGAGCAUUUGGCUGCAAUAACCGGCCGAAAAGGGACAGCCUUUAAGAAGGUGCAACUGGGAGAUCAGACUGACUCCCGUAUGUUGUUGGGUUCUCAUCAGUGUACCGAUGUGCCUGGAGAGUUUGUAUGGCGGCCGGGUGUGUUAACAGAGGCAGUACAGAACGGCCACUGGUUGUUGUUAGAAGACAUCGAUUGCGCCGCGCUGGACGUGGCUUCGACGUUGAGUUCGCUCCUAGAAAGAAACACCCUGUGUGUUCCCGGAUAUCGGGAUGCCUUGCCUGUCACUCCUGGAUUCCAACUUUUUGUCACUCAAAGGACAAUAAUGACCAACUACGGCUUUCAAAAGAAAAUGUCUAAUUCCAGUACCCUUCUACAAAAACAUCUAACGCAAAUAAAUGUUGAACCUUUAUCUAGAUCGGAGCUGGUAGAAAUCAUACAAACACAAUACCCUAGUCUUUCCACGAUCAGCUCAAAGAUGAUAGAAGUCUUCAUGAUGUUUUCCGUAGGCAGCCAUGACACCUCACUACAUACGACCGAAAAUCGUGAUACUGACAAUGAUAAUAAUAUAACAGUAAUACGGGGAUCAAGAUUGAUAUCAACAAGAGAUUUGAUGAAGUGGUGUUCAAGGGCUGUCAUUGGUUUCGAAGUCUCAAGUCCAGACUCAGCUACGAAAGUUCUCCAAGAUGCCUUUGAUAUAUUCACAUGCUCCGUAGCUUCACCUGCCCAUAGACUAGAAUUAGCAAAAAAGGUCGGAGUGCGAUUGGGCAUAGUCGAAACUAAAACCGAAUUUUAUUUCAGACAUUAUAAGCCAAAUGUAUCGUUGAAUCCUUUAGCAUUAGAAGUGGGAAGAGCUAAAGUGCCAAGAGUUGAAAAGAGUUUAGAGUCAAUGGAUUUUGAUAAUAGACAAGUCGUGUUUUCUUUUACGAGGCAAACAGCUUGCUUGUUGGAAAGAAUAGCUUGUUGUGUCACAUCGAAUGAACCGGUGCUUUUGGUGGGGGAAACCGGAACGGGCAAAACCUCUUCCGUCCAGUAUUUGGCUAAACAGACUGGCCAUAAGUUAAUAGUUAUAAAUAUGAACCAACAAUCUGACUCUGCCGAUUUACUUGGCGGUUACAAACCUGUUGACAUGAAAUACGUUAUUAGACCAAUCAGAAAUGAGUUUGAGGUAUUGUUCAGAAGUUUUUACAAUGUGAAAAAGAAUAAGAAGUUUUUAAAUCACAUUCAAACGUGUUACGACAAUGAAGAUUGGAUAGCGUUAGUGACUUUGAUGAAGCAGAGUCAUAAAGCGGCCUUAAAUAGGUUGAAAGAGAGGAGAGAUGACAAAUUGAAGACCUGGAUGAAUUUUGGUCAUAAGCUUUUGAAAUUGGAACAGCAGAUUCGUUCAGACGCGAGAUUAACGUUUGCGUUUAUUGAAGGUUCUUUGGUCAAAGCAAUGCAAGAAGGUCAUUGGGUGUUGCUGGAUGAAAUAAACUUGGCAUCAGCUGAGAUAUUGGAGUGCCUCGCUGGGUUGUUAGAGGACAAAAGUGAGACAAUAGAUUUAUUAGAGAAAGGAGAUAAAGUUCCUAUCAAAAGGCAUCCAGAUUUUACGUUGUUUGCGUGUAUGAAUCCUGCUACGGAUGUCGGGAAGAAAGAUCUUCCUGUAGGUUUGAGAAAUCGUUUUACUGAGUUCUUUAUUGAUGAGCUGACUGAAAGGAAUGACUUGAUGCUGUUGAUCGGCGAUUAUUUGUAUCAUAUGAACCUUAGUGGGGCUUUGUUAGAAGCCAUUUACAAUUUCUAUGCAAUUGUAAGAAAAGAAGCGAAGCUGAAUCUAGUCGACGGUGCAGGUAAUGCGCCCCACUACUCUCUUCGUACUUUAUGUCGCGCGUUGACUGCGGCCGCGAAAGCGAAGUGCGGCACCGUCGCGCGAUCUCUGUACGAAGCCUUCUGCCUAUCCUUUCUUACGCAGUUGGAUAGCCGAUCACACCCCGUGGUCGAGGCGAUGAUUGCCAAGGCCGUGCUUGGUAAGAAGAACGUCAAAUCGGUACUUAAUCAACUCAUACCAGAGCCACAGAUUCCGGGUCAAAAUUUCUUACUAUUUGAGGGACACUGGAUCCCGCAAGGGAAACUCGACAUCGCAAUACCCGAGGGUUACAUUUUAACACCAGCCGUAAAAAAGAACCUUCGAGACAUCGCCAGAAUAAUUUCACUAGGGCGACUACCAAUUUUAUUGCAAGGUGACACGUCCGUAGGAAAAACGUCUCUAAUAACAUACAUAGCGAAAGCAUCGGGAAAUUAUUGCGUGCGUAUUAACAAUCACGAACAUACUGACCUUCAGGAGUACAUAGGUUCUUACGCUACUGACGCGAAUGGUCAUUUAGUUUUCAAAGAAGGAGUUCUAGUCGAAGCGAUGAGAAAGGGAUACUGGAUUAUCCUCGAUGAGCUGAAUUUAGCUCCGAGCGACGUUUUGGAAGCCCUAAAUCGUGUGUUAGAUGAUAAUCGGGAACUGUUUAUCCCAGAAACACAACAAGUCGUCAAAGCUGACCCUGGCUUCAUGUUAUUCGCGACGCAAAAUCCACCAGGACUGUAUGGCGGUCGUAAAAUGUUAUCUAGAGCGUUCAGAAAUAGAUUUGUUGAAUUGCAUUUCGAUGAAAUACCGCGAAAGGAAUUAGAGAUAAUUUUGCAUCAGAGAUGCCAUGUACCUCCAGCUUAUAGCAAAAAGAUGAUAGCUGUGAUGGCAGAGUUGCAAGUUAGACGACGUGGCUCAGCAGCCGUGCAGGGCAAAGACGGUUUCAUAACCUUGAGAGACUUAUUCCGAUGGGGCCAAAGAUACAAACAUGCUUCUAAAGAAAUACUUACUGAUGAAAAAUUUUACGAUUGGGAUCAACACAUAGCUGAUGAAGGAUAUCUGAUAUUAGCUGGAAAAGUGAGACAGACUGAUGAAAGAACCAUCAUAGAAGAAGUUAUUGAAAAACAUAUAAAGAGGAAAGUUAAUCCUGACAAUUUAUUCACACUUCAUCAAACAACGUCGCCGGUAACCAAAUCUAUUUUAGAGACACUUCUUAAUAACCAAUUAGAAGAGUUCUCUCAUAUCGUAUGGACUUAUAAUAUGAGGCGAUUGGCUGUUCUCAUAGCCAAGGCAUUCACUUUCGAUGAGCCUGUACUUUUAGUCGGUGAAACAGGCUGUGGGAAGACCACAAUAUGUCAGGUCCUUGCCACUCUUAGUCGAAGAAAACUUCUAUCAGUCAAUUGUCACAUGCACACAGAAAGUUCUGAUUUCCUUGGAGGUCUUCGCCCAGUUCGUCAGUAUAAAAAUGAUGGAAGAUUAUUUGAAUGGGUUGACGGACCCCUAAUUAAAGCCAUGGAAGGUGGUGACAUGUUUUUAGCUGAUGAGAUCUCCUUAGCCGAUGACAGCGUUCUAGAAAGACUUAAUUCUUUGCUGGAGCCAGAAAGACAGCUGGUUCUGUCAGAAAGAAGCACAAAGGAUGAUUCUGAAAUUGUAGUAAUAACUGCUCAUAAAAACUUCCAUAUAAUAGGUACAAUGAAUCCUGGUGGCGACUUUGGUAAAAAAGAACUGUCGCCAGCCCUGAGGAAUAGAUUUACCGAGAUAUGGUGUGAUAGUGUGACUUCUAGGGAGGAUUUAUUAAAAGUGUUAGAGAAAAGUGUAAGCAGGGGAAUAUCUCUUGGGAAUCAAGAAGAUGGAAGUUCAGGGAUUGGCAAUUCGAUUUUAGACUUCACUGAUUGGUUGAAACAUUCGGAAGUCACUAAUAAGUUUCCGUUCAGUAUACGCGAUUUGCUUUCAUGGGUGCAUUUUAUUAAUUCGACUGUAAGCAGAGGUCUUUUAGACACUCCUGAAGCGUACGUGCAUGGCGCAUGUAUGACCUUUUUGGAUUGUUUUGGAACAGCUUUAACCGGCCAUAUCGAUUCCGAGACGUUAGUGUUGCUACGUCGCACAGCUGUCAAUUUCUUACUUAAACAAAUAGAGACCAUAGGGAACGAGUAUAUGGAUAAUUUGAAUGAAAUGCUAAGUAAUAGAAAGAGAGUAUUUACGGCUGAGUGUGAUGGUACCAAAUUUGGAAUGAGGCCUUUUUUCAUAGAUAUAGGAAAGCAUAGAAUGGUUUCGGAUCAGCAAUUCACAUUUACUGCUCCAACGACUGGAUCAAAUACGUUAAGAUUGCUUCGUGGUCUUCAACUGAAUAAGGCGAUUCUUUUGGAAGGCAAUCCUGGUGUUGGCAAGACCAGCUUAGUGACAGCGCUAGCUAAAUCUUCUGGGCACAAGGUAGUCCGAAUCAACCUCAGUGACCAAACUGACAUUACAGACUUAUUUGGAACUGACCUACCGACAGAAGAUGGGUCAUUCACAUUCAAAGAAGGCGCAUUUUUGAACGCCUUACAAAAUGGCGACUGGAUUUUACUCGACGAAUUGAAUUUAGCUCCCCAACCAGUACUGGAAGGCCUUAACGCGUGUUUGGAUCAUAGGGGAGAAGUUUUUAUUCCAGAGUUGGGAAAAACGUUCAAAGUAAAGGUACAAACGAGGUUGUUCGCGUGUCAAAAUCCACUAAAACAAGGCGGUGCCAGAAGAGGACUUCCUUUGUCAUUCUUGAACAGAUUUACUCAAGUUUACAUCGAUACGUUGACAAAAGAUGAUCUUAUAUAUAUCGUGGAGGCGCAGUACUCAAGUUUGCCUAAGGAAAUCCUGCAUAGAAUCGUAGAGUUUAAUUGCAAAGUUGCUCAUGAAAUUACUGAGAUUCAAUCUUGGGGCCACAGAGGAGGCCCUUGGGAAAUGAAUCUAAGAGAUAUACAGAGGUGGUGUGAAGCUUUAAUCGACGAUCAAAAAAAGGGGGACGAAUUGUGUCCUGGAAAAUAUGUCGAUAUGCUGUACGUCAAUAGAAUGAGAACUUCUGAAGAUAAAGACAAAAUGAUAAAAGCUUACAAUACCAUAUUUUGUCCAGACUACCCUAGGAGUGAUCCGGCGCCUCAAUUUCUUAUAAAAGAUCAAGAAAUCGUCAUAGGAAAUGUUUCUAUACGACGAAAUGACGAGAAAUGCUACAAAAACCGUCACUCUAUGGAAAAUAACUUGCUUAUUUUAAGACAGCAGUUGCCUACGCUGAAAGCUUUAGCUCAAUGUGUCAAUAUGAAUUGGCUAUCUAUAUUAGUUGGUCCCACUGCUACAGGGAAAAGUAGUAUAGUGCAAGUUCUUGCUGAUUUGACCGGGAACGACCUUCAAGUUGUUCCUGUGACGUCAGCAAUGGACGUAUCCGAUCUCUUAGGAGGAUUCGAACAAGUAGACUUAAACAGAAAUUUGGAAAAUUUGUACGAUGUAAUUGGAACUCUAACCAUACAGAUCGUGCAGUUCCGAUGGAUUCUUGAUAAAGAUAAUAGGUAUUCUGCGAAUAACUUACUAAGUCAAUUGUAUCGAUAUAUGUCUUUACAAGCAAGUAAUGCGAAUGAUAAUGCAAAUGUUGGAUAUUUCAAAGAGAAAAUAAAAUUUUUGUUCAAUCAUUGCGAGACAUUGCUCGAACGUAAAUCAUAUUCUAGUCAUGCUUACAGUAAAGUCUUACAGAGAGUACAAGAAGUUAUGUCUAAUCUCAAGAAAUUAGAGGCCAAAAUCGGUACAUCAUCAAUAAAUGCUGGUGGGAAAUUCGAGUGGAUAGAUUCUCUGUUGGUCAAAACUAUGGUGGAAGGUUCAUGGUUGUUACUUGAUAAUGUCAAUUUGACUUCUGCUGCCGUGCUCGAUAGACUUAAUGGUCUAUUAGAACCGAAUGGGGUCCUUAGUAUACCUGAAAGGGGGGAAAUAAGUGAAAUAAAGCCUCAUGUAAAUUUUAGAGUAUUCUUUACUAUGGAUCCGAAGUAUGGAGAGAUCUCGAGAGCAAUGAGAAAUAGAGGAGUGGAAAUAUUUUUGUUAAGAUCUGAAGAGUGGAAUGUUAGUUUGUUGGAUACGAUGCCGUAUAUGGAUCUGACGGCUCUUCUGUCAUCGGUCGGUAUGCCUCAGGAAUAUCAUGAGAUAUGCAUCAAGUGUCAUGAGUUGAUGGCCUCAUUUGUGCAAGGAUUUGAUCGUCCAACUAUUACUCACUUAUUACAAGCAUCUCAUUUGACAUGGCAGCAGUUAGUACGUGCCAUUACAUUCAAACGAGCUAUAGUCAACAGUUUUGCAGAUGUGUAUAUAAAACCCAGAUGUGGAGCAGAUUUUGCCUCCAAUCUAAGCAUGUCACUGGCCGAAAUGAAAAAUGCCAUGCUGAAAGCGUUAGAAAAAGAAUUAGAUCAAAUUGAAGAGAGUGUUAAAAAAACAAAUGACUUUAAACACACAUUAACAGUAAAAGGCCUUUGCGCAGAUUCUGAAUUCGAAAUAUGCCAGCAAAGUUGUGAUACGGUCAUACAAAGUAUAAAUAAUAAGUUUGAUUUCAUGUUUACUCUCUACAUAACACACACUAACUUUCCUUGCCAAAAUAUUUAUAGUUUGCAUAAACUCAUAAAGAGAGCAUUAGAAAAACAUCCUCACGAAAGAUAUUUAUUACAAUUUCUGGAGUCGACUAGUCCUGGGAUGUUCAAUUAUAAAAACAAAAUUUUACAUAACAGAUUUUAUUCCGAAUUUUAUAAAUUGACUGAGAAAAGUAUAAAGAAAGCUAAUCUUGAGGCUGUCGUACUUUACAAUAAAAUGAUAAAAACACUUACUAAUGAUAAUUCUAAACUGUCCGCACUAUCGUAUUCACAAGCAUUGGCUAUAGGGCGCGAUGCAGGUCAAAAUAAAUGGCCAACAGUAAGCGAGACUGAAAAUUAUCCGAUCUUGCAACUAUGUGACCGUUAUCUUAAAGAGAUUGAUGCUACAAUAAAAACAUGCUUACUGCUUGCUGAAGAUUCAUUAGACGAUGAAGCCACUUGUCGGAUUUUACAACUACUGAAUUGGCGAAAUAGGCUUGUAGAUAUUUGUUCUAUAGAUUUAUUUGUGGUUCACCGUAAAAAUAGAAGAUAUACAAUGAAUGAAGAAAUCGUAAAAUUAAUCUAUGUGCACAGUAAAUGGCUAAAAAAACAUUUGAUUGGAGAACUUUUUAAACACGUUUCAAACAAACAAGUCGUUGCUACGUUUAACUUACUUUAUGACGCUACAAUACUAGAUUAUGAUAGAGAUAAUGUAGAAAUGGCUAAAAUCAGUAAAAAGCUGAGAAAACUCUAUGGUCAACCGAAAUUGUAUGAAAACGAGGAUGAAUACAAUGUUUAUAAAAGUAAGACUGAGGAGAUCAAUAAAUUGACUUUAGAUAUGAAUAAACCUCUGUCGCGAGAACUCCAUAAAUUGUCUGUAGUUGGCGCCACUAUCAAUAAAGAAGAAUUUGCGCUUGAAAAUAUUACUAAGCUGGAAACACAAACAAAGUUUGAUCAUACAGUAAAAUUGACACCGUUCAGUUCCUAUGUAAUACAAAGACUGUUAAACUUUUUACAAAAAGAUCUUUUAAUUGUACUUCAAAAGCUAUGUAACGAAGAGGAAAUAAAGUCGGGUGUUGAUUUUAUUGAAAUUUUGACAUAUUUGGUAAAUGUUAGUAAGAGGACAAAGGGAUUUCCGUCCGAUUUUACCAAUACAUUAGAAAUUUUGCAAAACUUUGUUUCUGGACUUGAUGUAGAACAAUCGAGCAUACAUUCAAUACCUGUAAAAUUUUGGGAUGAGUUCUACAAAACCUUGGUAUAUUCCCCGGCGUUAUAUUCGACCGCGUUCUUCAACAUCAACAAAAUGGCUGCCGAAGAUAGCGCAGAAGUAGUGCCAUCUAGCGAGAAACGAUUGUCGUCGAAUCUUGCACUUCUACCGUAUUUCGUACAAGCUAUGACAUUGUCUUCUAAGGAAAACAAUACCCGUCACCUGUUGGCAUUCGAAACUGUUUCAUUGGAGGAGCUUGACAGUUACUCUUCGCAAUUGGAAUCAAUGCUAAAUAUAAUUUGGAGAAAUAUUGCCACUUUGAAUGCCGCGGCAGUAGCGAAAGUGAAAUCUGACGCCGAAUUUGAGUUAAAGAAAUUCGAGCAUCUUGUAAACUGCUUACAUAUGGCUAUGAAAUUGGAUGUUUUUAAUGAUACAGACCCAAUAAAAGAAAUAACAGACAAUUUCAAAGGAGACAAAUCUUUUACGGAUAUGCUAAUUGAAGCACAAACUCUUAACAAAGAACUUUCUAGCAUAUCACAUAAUUCCACUAAUACAAUAAAAAUAAAGAUUCUUACUGCAGAGUUAUCAUUACUUACAAGUCUUUUGUUUAUUAAAUUGAUGUCUGAAAUGAAAAAUGUGGAUCACGUUGAAAAGUAUCGGCUAAAAGUAAAAUAUAUUGAGGAAGAUAUAAAAAUGUUUGAAGUAUUACUUAGUACUUAUUACAUUCAUGGAGUAAUAACUGGUAGUAUAUUAGAGAAUAAAAGUGUAAAGGCUCCUUCAGACGUGACUGUUGAGAGUUUAAAUGAAAAUAGAGAAGUUUUAAAGAAAGUUCAUCCAUAUUGCAAGGUUUUGUUUGAAUUGAGGCAAAGUACAGCGGAUAAGGUGCUUAAAUAUGCUUCAGGUAAUACGUUUAGACCCGAGAAACCCACAUACAGCAGUUUUGUGAAGGAUUGUAGUCACUUCACAAAGUCAGUAUUAUCAUCAAAAACGACCAGAGAUUUGGCCACCAACCUUAACACUUCAUGUAACGCCUUAUAUGAAAACAUUGAAAAACCAAUAGCCAAUAAAAGUGUGAUACAAGUAGCACAGACUGUCACCAAAGAAGCUUCAUCUUGGUUGUAUUCGGUUAACGCUUUUUAUAAAAAAAUCGAGUCAUACACAAACGCUUUCCCUGACUUGGCGAAACCUCUACAAAGUUCUAUUUCUCAGCUCGUAUUUAGCGUGACGUCACUAAACGAUUUAGUGAGAGAGCUGAUUUUAAAAAUCGAGCAAGGAUCCUAUAUAAAGGAGGCGGUUACUGAUUUGAUGGUGUACCCGGAUAGUAUACCUAGUAAGAAUGGGAAACACGACUAUUUGAAUAGAUUUAUAAAGGACCAAUUUGUGCAGUUAUUGAAUAGAAAUGUGGUCGCGGCAGGCGAUGACUCAUUUAGUGCGGAGGCUGAAAAUAUUACGGUACUAAAAAUGAAUUUGUCAGAGCUGCGCAUGCGUUGUUUCGCAACAGAAGCAGCCGAUUCAGAGUCAUUCAACUGCGUUCUGAAUACUCUGAACACACUCGUGCGCGCCUGGGAGAAGCAAAACCGGGAACUGGAGCUUAAGAAGCAGGACGAAGAUGCGCUCUAUGUUACCAAAUCGAAAUGCGAAGACGAGGACGAAGAUGCAAUGGCGGCACAAGAGAUAACAGAAAUGUUCCCUUCGUACACCGAAAGCGACUUCGGAGAAUUUAAACCACCUUCACUAGAACAGAAAACAAAAGCACAAACAGACAAUAAAAAUAAAACGAAACUUCUUAUUACUCCUGAAGAUAUCUCUUUAGUCUAUGAAUGGCAUUCAAGUUUCAUUCGAAAUUUAACUGUAGCUGAAUGGUUACCCUGCUCAAAGAAAGUGUUUAGUUCAGAUGUGGUCAGUCCAUUGAUGCAGAGGUAUCCCACAUUUAGCCGUAUAAUGCAGAAUGCUUGGGAAGUACUCGAUGCUGAAUUUGAGGGCGCUGUGUCGCCGAGCCUGUUGGUCCUGAUCUCGAAAAUUAAAGAAAAUGUUGAUGGAAGUGAAGCGUCAAGCCAAAAAGUUGACUUCUAUCGUUCAGCCUGGGUUUCCGAGACGAAACAGUGCGCGCCGCUGCUUCAUAGAGUAAAAGAUGCGACCAACCAACUAUUAGAUCAGUGGCCGGAUUUCCCUACGCUUAAAGACAUAAUCGUGAUAGUGAACAGGAUCCUCAGUUUCCCGGUCUCAUCACCCGUGUCCCGUCUUCUGACUGGCCUCGAACUUCUUCGGGAUAAGAUCGAGGAAUGGAACAAAAAUGCUCAUAAGGGAAACAACAUGAUUGACAUAUCUUUAGCCGUAGGGCAGCAGAUUAUCAACUGGAGGAAAUUAGAAAUGGCGCAUUGGAAAGAGUGCCUAAACAAUUUGUAUAACAGGAAGCGUUCAGAAGCGCAUCGAUACUGGUUCUACCUAUACUCAGUUAUAAACUCUUACUUAGACCCAAAUGCUGAAGAGCCAGCGAGCUCUACUCGUGUCAUAUCCGUGUUGAAAGAUUACAUGGAAAUGUCCAACUUGGUAGAGUAUGAAGUGAGACUGGAUAUUAUUUUUGUAUACCACUGCCAUUUGGUACAUUUGGAACCUACUGAGAGAAGAAACGAACUCCUCUCUAUACUAUGGAACACGUAUAACUAUUACGCUCAGUUCAGCGCUCAAGUCGCUUCCUACUUGAAAGAGAAACGGGCACCUAUUGAGAAGAAACUGAAAGAUUUCGUUAAGAUUUGUACGUGGGAUCGUGAUCUCAGUUAUUGGAGCGUUAAAGAUACAGUCGAUAAGGCACAUAGGGCGCUACAUAAGCAGACCAAAGAGUUUGAGAAUCUCCUGAAAGAACCAGUGACCAGUUGCUUAGUGGACAAGAGCAGCGACGUUUGCGUCGACCACGUCGGCAUCUGGGAUCGUCCCAAGCGAGCCACGGCCGCUUCUACCGCCACCGGGGGCGCUUAUCUCGUUGAUCCACAGAAUUAUCUGCUACAGCCUCGGAUGGUCAAGAAAUACCUGGAUCAAGCCGAGCAGCCGUGCCCUUCUUUAUCAGAGGGAGCACUUCUAUCAAAAGUGUCGAAUUUGUUGAACAAAGCGAAGACCCUUUGCAAGGAUACUAUGACGAAUGCGGGGUAUCCAGUGUUGGUGCAGGCUUUGGAUGACUUUGUCACGCAAGUCAUUGAGACGAGCACGCAUUUGGGAUCAUUAGAGGUGGACUCAACACUUCCCAAAGAAAAACAAACGUCGCAAGCUAAGAACAUAAUGCAGCAGAAACGUAAAGCGGUCGCGGAUUUGUUCAAAUAUCUCACAAAAAUGGGUCUUAAUUACCGCACUGGACUAGUCAUAUUGAGUACUAACGAUCAAUUGUAUGAUUUUACGAUACCGCCAGUUGAUUUAGACGCCGCUAUGCAGUAUUUGAAGAACAGACGCUGCGAUGCCUCACUAUCAUUACUUUGGUCGGGCUGUGAACAGUACUUCCAGAAGAACAUAGCCAGGCACAGACAUUUGGCUACGGCGUUGCAAUCCCCGCAUCAAGACCUGGGUAUACAGAACAUUGACAGAUGCAAGGGGUUCGCCGCUCAACUGCUGAAACUAACGAACACACAAAAGAGAUCUAUAUCAAAAUACUCCAGACACCUCUGCGACUUGCGUUCUCUUACUACGCAUCUCACAAAUGCUCUUGAAAUAGAUAUUAGUGGAGCAAACAUACUGACAGUCAAUCAAAAACUAGAUAUACUGAAAGAAUGUUAUGCCAAUACUAGUUUGUUGUUAGAUCAAUUCAGUGUAUUGCUUAAAUCUUUACCUGAAAAGACCCUUAUUUCUGAUCAAGAAGCAGAAUUCGAUGAUGUUCUAUCAGAUUCAUUUAUUACAAAAUGCUAUAAAAACACUGAUGAAUGGCGAGAAUUAUAUAAAAAAGUAAAAGAAAUAACAAGUCUUGUUAAUAAAGAGAAAGCUGUUAUAAACAAAUUAGUAAAUAGUACGCCAAAGAAAAUUGGAAAUAGUAUAGAAGAUGUGCCAGUAAUCUCUCAAACUCAUGUAAAUACUGCAAAUGAAGCUAAAUCUAAUUUAAAGAGCAUUGUUAAUAGCGUUGACAAUUUGAUAACAGAAUAUCAGUUCAAAUUAAAAAUACUUAAUGCAGAUUAUCAACCACAACAUCCAAUUAUGAGUAGCAUUGUCAAAUUAUCAGAUUACCUCAAAAAAACAAUAAACGAUAUUGAUAAAUUAGAUGAAUUAGAUGAAUGUAAAGAUAUUUCUAUGGAAGAAGGUACAGUAGAGGAACUAGUGAAUCAAACCGAAGAUCUACUUGCAACUAUGUUGUUGGUAAUACAAUCCAUAUAUAAGAAACAUUUGCCAGAAUUAUCUGAAAAUAUUGAUGUCUUAGAAGCAAUUGAUGAAAUAAUUGAGAGUGCUGAAAAAGAAAAGGAACAUAAGGAUAUUUUAGAAGACAAACAUUUGAAAGAACUUUUGCAAGAGAAAUUAAGUAAUGAUACUAAGAUGCUUCAGUUAGAGAGUCUUAUAAGGAAAAUUAAUGAUGUUUUAGUGAAUUACGUUCAGUAUUUGACGUCUAAAGCGGAUGUGGAGGAAGGGAAGAAUGCUGUGAUGAGAUUGGUGCCAAUAUUGGAGCAAACUGUGCUAUUUGUCCAAUAUUUUAUAACGCAGAAAGUUGCGGUACAUCGUGUUUCUUGUAAAAUGUUGUCAGUUCUAUUGAAAAUAUUUUCGGACUUGGCAACCAAAGGAUUCUGCCGACCCUCAGACAUGGAUGAAGAAGGCGAAGGUGAAGGUGGUCCUGGCAAACUGUCGGGUGGCACCGGGCUGGGGGAGGGAGAGGGACAGAAAGACGUCUCUGAAAGGAUCGAGAACCAGGACCAAUUAGAAGAUGCACAUCGUCCGGGAGAAGAGAAGAAAGAGGAAGACAGAGACUGCAAAGAAGAGGAGAAAGGAAUAAACAUGUCUGAUGAUUUUGAUUCGCACUUACAAGAUGUUGACAAAAAAGAAGGUGAUGAUUCUGAACAAGAAGACGAUGAGGAAAAUGCUGACAAACAAAUGGGCGAUAUUGAUAAUGCUGCUGAGAAAUUGGACCAACAAAUCUGGGGUUCCGAAGACGAGGAGGAACUAGAAGGGGAACAACAGAAAGAGAAGGAAGAACGUGGCAAAGGCGAGAGUACGGGGGAGAAAGAGAUGGCUGCUAAGGAAGAAGAGCAGGGUUUCGAUGACGGCGAUGAAGGGAAAGAUAGGAAGAAGAAGAAGGACAUCAAUGAAAUGGAGGAGCCCGAAAUUGAUGACGAUCAUGUCGAUCCGUACCACGGUAACGAACAGCCGCUACCUGAACCUGAAGACUUUGAAAUGCCCGAAAGCAUGGACAUUGACGGUGAAGAAAACGGCGGCGACGAUGAUGAAGAUGGUGAAACUGAAACAGAGAAUCCGUUUGAAAUCAAAGCAUUACCCGAAGAGACACCAGAUGAAACUAAUGAAGGCGAAGACGAUAAAGACAAAAGGAAUGGUCUUGACGUUUCUAGCGAUGAAGAGGAUGAUAAAACUGCAGAGGAAACGGAGAAAGAUGUAGAGGAACAGCAAAAAGACGAAGACGCAGACAAGCCGAACUCCGACGACCAACCCGGGGACGGGGACGAAGAAAGUGAUAAGAACCCAGAAAACCCAGAUGAAAAUCAAGAAAAAGAAACAGAGGAACAAAACGAAGUUGAGGAUCCAGAGCUACCCAGAAACCCAGAGAAGAUUGACGAGGAAGAAACGGAACAGAAAGAUAGAGAUGCCAAUCCUCAAGCGAAUCCGUCCAAUAAUGAUCCAACGGCUGAAGAUAAGGCGCAGAAUGCUGAGAUGGAAAGAGGCACGGAUGAUAAUGUUGAAACUAAUGCCGAACAGAGCAAAGACGAGGAAAGCGCGCCUUAUGAACAAGCGCAAGAGCAAGUUGGUGAAGACAACCAAUCUACGGGUCGUUCCGAACUGGACAAGAGUGAGAAGGGUCAUCGUGGCGAGAAACAAGCCGCGAACAGAUCUCAAAGUCAGAGGGAACAGAAGAAACACGAAAAUAAACCGGGAACGACCGAUGAAAACAGGAUGUUAGGCGAAUCAAACGAGAAGAAGAACAAGCAAAUGCAGACGUUAAAUGUAGAAGAGGACGAGGCUAUGGACGAGGGCGGAGACAAUCAGGACGAUGGUGAAAGGGACGCCGAUGCUUUCCAGCACGUCAAGCAGGCGAAGAAAGACGAUUUACAGGCAGUAGACGCAGCUACCAAAGAGCAAGCGGAACAGCAACCGACAUUGCAGAAAGAGGACGAAGACGCCGAGGAAUUGAAGCAGGAUGAAGAAGUGCCUAUGGACGUCGAUGAUGAUGAUAUUCAGGUUGAAAAGUCUGAAGAACUGAAACCAGAGAAGAUGAAAGACAGCGCAGAGAAGGACAAAGAGAAAGCUGGGAAUAAGAAGGAGGGCGGGGAGGAGCCCACGGGGGAAACGGGAAUCGAGGUCGAGGGAGAGAAAGUGGAGACCAUGACUGUGAGCAGGGGCAAGGACACUACCUAUCAUACCAGACUAGAAGAAACUCAACAAGCGGCGGAAGACAUGACAGUUGAGGAAUACAUGAGCAUCCGCGAUUGGCUUCAAAGGCCCUCCACUGAAACGGGGUCGGCCACCGCCGUGUGGCGCGGGUUGUGGCAGAAUUCUGCGCACGCGGCGAGGGCUUUAUGCGAGAGAUUGAGACUCGUAUUGGAGCCUACGGGACGGUCUAGGAGAGCUGGUGACUACCGUACUGGUCGAGCAAUAAACAUGCGUCGCGUUAUCGCGUACAUAGCGUCGCAGUUCCGCAAAGAUCGCAUUUGGUUACGACGCAGUAAGCCAGCGAAGAGGCACUAUAGUAUAGCUAUAGCUGUGGACGAUUCUAGCUCCAUGGCCGAUAAUAGAAGCAAAGAGCUAGCGUUUGAGAGCUUGGCUUUGGUUUCGCAGGCGCUGAAUCUCCUCGAAUCCGGAGAUCUCGCAGUCCUAAGUUUCGGCGAGAAACCCAAUCUCCUGCACCCGUUCACGGAGCAAUUCUCAGAACAUUCCGGGUCGAAGAUUCUAGAACAACUACAAUUCAACCAGACGAAGACUAAAAUCGCGCAGUUAUUGGAUUUCUGCACGGUUUUGUUUGAAGAGCAAACUGUGAGAAGUGACGCCAUCAAUGCUAAGUUGUUGGUGGUAGUUAGCGAUGGAAGAGGUAUAUUCUCGGAGGGAGAAACUAGGGUGCUUCAAGCCGUGAGGAGGGCGCGGCAACAAGGAAUCUUUUUGGUCUACGUUAUCAUUGACAAUCCAGACAAUAAGGACUCCAUAAUGGAUAUCAGACGGCCUCUCAUGGACCCGACAACAAACAGUUUGGCUGGUUUUGUUCCCUACUUGGAUACGUUCCCGUUUCCCUUCUACCUAAUCCUACGGGAUAUGACAGCGUUGCCCAAUGUACUGGGAGACGCGCUUAGGCAAUGGUUCGAACUGGCUGCUAAUACUAGUUAA